CUUUCUCUCUCUCUCUCUCUCUCUCUUGAAGUCACCAGUCGUUUCAAUUUUGUUUCCCUCUAAUUUUGAAAGAGUUCUCACUCUCUCUCUCUCGUAGUCUCUUGAGUAAUUUUAAAUGGCUGCGUUUGGAGCCGCUGCGACCACGAAUACAAAUCCGAAUAAAUCCUUUGAGGUGGCUCAACCUCCUAGUGAUUCAGUUUCAAGCCUUUGUUUUAGUCCCAAGGCCAAUUACCUGGUUGCUACGUCCUGGGAUAACCAGGUAAGAUGUUGGGAGAUAAUGCAAAAUGGGGCUUCUUUAGGCAGUACACCCAAGGCCUCAAUAGCUCACGACCAACCGGUGUUGUGCUCGGCUUGGAAGGAUGAUGGAACAACCGUCUUUUCUGGGGGCUGUGAUAAGCAAGCGAAAAUGUGGCCUUUGUCUGGUAAUCAACCAGUGACGGUGGCCAUGCAUGAUGAACCCAUUAAGGAAAUUGCGUGGAUUCCAGAGAUGAACCUCUUAGUCACAGGAAGCUGGGACAAGACCCUGAAGUACUGGGAUACAAGGCAGUCAAAUCCAGUGCAUACUCAACAACUCCCUGACCGCUGUUAUUCUUUUACAGUGCGGCAUCCCCUGAUGGUUGUUGGCACUGCAGAUCGCAAUCUGAUAGUUUUCAACUUGCAGAACCCUCAGUCUAAUCAUGGGUCCAAAUGCCAACAGACUGAGUUCAAGAGAAUCACUUCACCUCUAAAGUACCAGACAAGAUGUGUUGCUGCCUUUCCAGAUCAGCAAGGUUUCUUGGUUGGCUCGAUAGAGGGAAGGGUUGGUGUACACCACCUUGAUGAAUCACAGCAUGCUAAAAACUUUACUUUCAAAUGCCAUAGAGACGGAAAUGAGAUAUACUCUGUUAACUCUCUAAACUUUCAUCCUGUGCAUCACACUUUUGCAACUUCAGGGUCUGAUGGUGCUUUUAAUUUCUGGGACAAAGACAGUAAACAGAGACUCAAGGCCAUGGCAAGGUGCAGUCAACCCAUACCCUGCAGUACUUUCAACAAUGAUGGUUCAAUAUUUGCGUACGCGGUGUGCUAUGACUGGAGUAAGGGUGCAGAAAAUCACAAUCCAGCAACAGCAAAGACCAACAUUUUCCUGCAUCUGCCACAGGAGUCUGAGGUUAAAAGCAAGCCACGAGGAGUUCAAACUAGAAAAUGAAGGUUGUGCUCGUUACAAGACUUACAACAGCUCAUCAAAAAAUUGGACAUUAGCUUUUUAUUUAUUUUUAUUUUUUUAUAAAUUAUUAAUCUUUUUCGGCUUGGUAUAUUGAUGAGACUUUUUUUUUUCUUUCCCUCCUACCCUUUCCCAAUUACUGUUGAGUUAAUUUUCUGUGUGGAUACAUAGGUUAGAAACUUAGAAAUGAGGUUCCUCUGGGGGUUGUUUGUUUUUUCCCCUGUAUCAUGACAUGAAGGGAUAUGAAGAUUUUACAUUUGGUUUUUUGUUCCAUGCCUUUCAAGCUUCUGAGCUUUCUCACAGC